GCUGAGCACAGGAAAAGCGAAACCCGGCAGCACCCUCACUCUGGAGCUGCCUGCGGGGCCACCACGCCGCCUGGGGAGAAGAUGUCAGACUCAGAGGGGUGCCAGGAGGGUGCAGAAGCUGUGACCCAAGUGGAAGACCCUGGGGAGAGUGAGAGGCUGACAGCACAGUGGAGCGUGGAAGAUGAGGAGGAGGCGGCCAGGGAGCGGCGGCGGCGGCAGAGGGAGAAGCAGCUGCGGUCCCAGGCGGAAGAGGGCUUGAACGGCAGCGGCUCCUGCACCGAGAGCCUGGCUCCAGCAGAGGAAAACCACUAUGACUUUAAGCCCUCUGGGCCGUCGGAGCUGGAGGAGGAUGAGGGCUUCAGUGACUGGUCCCAGAAGCUGGAGCAGCGCAAACAGAGCUCUAGGUCCCCACGACAGUCGUAUCAGGAGGAGGACAGUGGUGUGAGGGAAGCAGAAGCAAAGCUGAAGCAGAUUCAGAUGGAUCAGGAAAGCCCAGAGGAGACCUGUGAGGAGAAUGUGAUUACUGGGGAGAAAGAGAGGCUGUGCCAGGAGGAACAACAAGCCCAAGAACAGGAUGAAGAAGAGGAAGCUAAACUAAAGGAAAAGAAGAGGAGGAGAGAUGAGGAUGGUGGUGAUGAUGAUGAUGAUGAAGCACAAGACAAACCCCAGGAGGCUCCAAGCCUGGCCAGCCUGGAGGAGGAGGAACUGUCCUCUGAUUGCACUGCUGUGUGCUCCACCAAGAUCACGGACAGAACCGAGUCGCUGAACCGCUCCAUAAAGAAAAGUAACAGCAUCAAGAAGUCCCAGCCUCCCCUCCCUGUGUCCAAGAUCGAUGACAAGCUGGAGCAGUACACACAGGCUAUUGAGACAUCCACAAAGACUCCAAAAGCUGCCAGACUGCCUUGUCUUGAGCUUCCUGGCAUGAGCAUGAUGGUAUCCAGCACAAAAAGCCUCUGGGAGACUGGAGAGGUGGCAGCUCAGUCUGCUGUCAAGAGCCAGCCCUGUAAGGACAUUGUGGCUGGAGACAUCCUGAGUAAAAGAAGCCUUUGGGAACAGAAGGGCAGUCCCAAGCCUGAGGCCAGCGUCAAGUCUGCUCCUGGCAAAAGGUACAAGUUUGUUGCCACAGGCCAUGGCCAGUACAAGAAGGUGUUGAUGGAUGAUGAUGCAGAGCAGUAGUGUGCCUGGAGAACACAUGCAGCAGCUGAGCUUGGUCCUGUCUCGAUGUGACCCUCAAUGCCACUAUUUCCUCUGCUCCACAGAAGACAACUGAAGGAUGUUUCUCCUCUGCUGCUUGAUGCCAGCCUGCUUUGAUACAGCCUGACUCCUCCCAGGAGGAGAUGUGAGCACUGCCCUGCGCUGCCUCCCCUUGGAUGAGAGGAACAGCACUGGCUGGCAACACUCCAUCCCUCUUCUAACCUCCUCGGGGACUCUUUGGCUUCUUCUCUUUGUUCUGUUGGGGCUCACUUUUGGGGGUGGGAGGGUCGUUUUGUUGAUGUGGAGCUGGGAGGCUGUGGCUCUGCCUCCUCUCUCUCCCCCUCCUUUGUGUUUUUCCUUCAAGGAAGAGAGUGAUGUGCUGCCCUCCUGAGCUGGCAGAGCUUUGGCUCCCUAAGGAAGGAUUCCCCACUGUUGUGGCCCUUGCUGCCUGGGUGGUGAGAGAGGGCACUCAGCAGAAAGCCAGUGGGCAAUGGGACUCUCCUCAGCAGCAGGAGACUGCAAGGACCACUCCUCACCCUGUCGGUGCUAGCUGUGGCUAAAGUCUUCCCCUGUUUACAAUGCAGCCUCUGCCCCUCUGCAACAUCUGCCCUGAGGGGCUUCCAGCUCAACACCUGGGCUCUGUAGAGCAAAUCAUUCCAUCCAGUCCUGGUUUUCUUUAGUUCCCAGACCAGCCUCUCAUCACCUAAAUGCCCACACCAACACCUCCCUGCUGCUUUCCCAGCUCAGCAGUGGCAACAGCAGCUUUGUGUCAUUAGAGCUGCUCCUGUCUCCUCCCUGCCCAGCAGGGACUGGGAGGUCUCCUUUCCCAGGUUGAGGAGUGCUCAUCCCCUCCUCAAAGUCUUAUUCCUCCCUCCUUCCCAUGGCUACAGGGUUUUGCAACUUGUUUCUGCUCCCUUCCUGGAGGGGAGGGCAGCUUCUCUCCGCUCCUCUCCUGCCUCAGUGUGCUUUCUGCUUGGGUUUAUUGCAGCCUGGAUUUUGGGGGUGGUUUGCUUUAGU